AACAUUAAAACACUGUUGGGGGACAAUGAAACGGCAGCAAAUGGUUACCAAGAAUAGUGUUGUGGUGAACAACAAAACUAGUAAUACCAUAUUACAGAAGAAGCCAAAAAUUGCUCUCUCUCUCUGUCUCAGCUAAUAUUCAAUGGCUUCUGUUCCUCCUCCCUACUUCUCCCCAUCAUCAGUUCUCAGUUGUAACACUAAACCUCGUAUUAUUAGUUCAGUUAGCAGUGGAUUCAAGAAUCAAAGAUUCAGCCUUUUUGUAUGUAGAGCUGCAGCAGCCUUUACUAAUCUUGAUGCUGACGAUUUUAGACACCCUCUUGACAGACAGAAUACAUUGCUUUUGAGAGCUAUACCUGGUCUCAAUGAUAUUGGAAAAGCCUUACUAGGGACUGUUUCAGAGCAAAUUAUGCUUCUGGAGAACAUAGGGACGUCAGUUCUUGUUUCAGAAAAUCAGCUCCCUGAACUUCAUCACUUAAUGGUUGAGGCUGCCAGAAUACUCAAUAUUGAGGCUCCUGACUUGUAUAUACGUCAAAGUCCUGUACCCAAUGCAUAUACCCUGGCUGUCAGCGGUAAAAAGCCUUUUGUAGUCAUUCAUACAAGCCUUGUCGAGCUGCUGAGUCGAAAGGAAUUGCAGGCUGUCUUGGCUCAUGAGUUAGGUCAUCUGAAAUGUGAUCAUGGUGUGUGGUUGACAUUUGCUAAUAUUCUCACUCUUGGGGCCUAUACUCUUCCUGGUGUUGGGGGCUUGAUUGCUGAUAGACUAGAAGAACAGCUCUUCCGCUGGCUUCGAGCAGCAGAACUCACAUGUGAUCGCGCAGCGCUUCUUGUUGCUCAAGAUCCAAAGGUGGUUGUUUCGGUACUAAUGAAAUUAGCUGGCGGCUGCCCAUCUCUAUCGGAUCAACUGAAUGUGGAUGCGUUCUUAGAGCAAGCUCGCUCUUAUGAGAAAGCGUCAUCAAGCCCAGUCGGGUGGUAUAUUAGAAAUGCUCAAACAAGGCAACUUUCACAUCCACUCCCUGUUUUACGUGCACGCGAGAUUGAUGAAUGGUCGAGAAGUCAAGAGUAUAGGUCUCUUCUUCAGCGCGCAAUACAGGUGAAUUCUGUGCAAAAAGGUUAACGCUGCAUGAGAAUGAAGAAUACAUGUAAAUAUACAGAUUGGGGCUGAGGAGCUGUUACUUUGGCAUUUGAAAAAGGGAGUGGUUCAACAGGUCCGGCUGAAUCACGAUUCAAGACUAUCAGCUCGAACCUUAUAUGUGUGUGUAUAUAUAUGUGAAAAUCAAGUACUGUAUGUUAAGAUAAAUGUAUAUUUCACUCCACACUCUCAUAUCAAACAUAGUGUCUUCUAAAUCUUCAAAACCACAACUAUUUUACAA